AUGAUGAAUGAAAAAUAAAGAAAACACACCACCUCUAAUUUAAGAAAAACACAAGAACGAGAAGAAUGAAGAGCAGCAGCAACAUAAGGGGAAUAUUGCAGCCUAAUACUGCUGUGCAUCCUGUUAUGCUGAGUGGUAGACAAUUGGAUCAUAGGGAUACAGAAGCUGUGAUAAUUGGGGGUAUGGUGUUGGAUAUUCAUGCCACACCUUCAAUCCAUGCAAAUCCAGGAACUACUACCCCUGGCAAGGUCUAUUAUGUGCAAGGUGGUGUUGCAAGGAAUGUAGCAGAAUGUAUGUCAAAGCUAGGAGCAAAGCCAUACAUGAUCAGUGCUCUUGGGUUUGACAUGGCUGGAAACCUACUGUUGGAACAGUGGAAAACUGCUGGCCUAUCAACAGAAGGUAUUUUGAAGAAUAAAGAUAUUGAGACUCCAGUUGUAUGCAAUAUAUUUGAUGUCAAUGGCGAGGUAGCUGCUGGUGUUGCUAGUGUGGAAGCUCUUGAAAAAUAUCUGACACCUGACUGGAUCUUACGCUACAAGAGCACUUUACUUUCUGCUCCAGUGUUGAUGGUUGAUGCAAAUUUGAGUGGUCCUUCCCUUGAAACUUCUUGUAAAAUGGCGGCUGACACGGGGUGCCCUGUCUGGUUUGAGCCGGUAUCAGUUACUAAAUCCCGAAGAAUCAGUUCUAUUGCCAAGUAUGUAACUUUUGCUUCUCCAAAUGAAGAUGAGCUUAUUGCAAUGGCAAAUGCUUUAUCUGGCAGCGAUGAGUUCCGCCCACUUAAAGAAAACCAUAAAAAAGAUGACCUAUCAGCAGGAUCUUUGUUUCAAAUACUGAAACCAGCAGUGUUGGUUUUGCUAGAAAAAGGCAUUAAAGUGGUCCUGGUGACCGUAGGUUCAAAUGGAGUGUUUUUAUGCAGUAAAGGAGGCCCAAGUUGCUUUAAAACUCUUGUAGCGAAAACAAAUCGAAGUGGUUUUAGUGGACAACUAUACAAGGCUGUUAUGCAAAAUUUUCCACCUAAUUGUUAUUCUGGUUUUUCAGAACUUGAUAGAAGUAAUCGUCUCUUUGCUGUGCACUUGCCGUCGCUCCCUGCUUCAGUUGUGAGGCUUACCGGGGCUGGUGAUUGCUUAGUUGGUGGAACACUCGCAUCAAUUUGUGCAGGAUUAGAUAUAAUGCAAAGUGUGUCUGUUGGCAUUGCAGUGGCUAAAGCUGCUGUUGAGGUGGAGGCAAAUGUCCCUUCUUCUUUUAGUUUAGCUGCCAUUGCGGAUGAUGCCAAGUCUGUAUUUUGUCAUGCAAAAGUGCUCUUUCACCAAUCAAUGUUGUAGAUUUUGAAUGAGGAAGGAAGGAUCAUAUUAACAACCUCCUUUGGAGCCUACAAAGUAUGGUACAUCACCCCAAGUUUUCAUGCAUUAGAAAUCUAAUUUUGGAAUCCAAUGAGUUGGAUGCACUAACAUGCUUUACUACUGCGUACUAAUACUAAUCAUUUCACUAAAUUUCUUUUAACAAAUAUUUCUCUGAAAUGGGAUGUGCUCAUUUUACUUUCUUUUUUUUUCCUUUUUUUCUUUCCUUAUAAAUAAAAAUAGAUGUUGCAAGGGUAGCCACAUCUUGUACUUCAUUUCAAUAUUUUCAUUAUAUAUUCCUCAUAGCCUGGAUUUUGCUUUUUUUUGUACUUAACGUUAGUCGUAGCCUUAUUGUAACCAUGAUUGAUAAGGAAAUGCAAUAGGAAAUUUUCUCAUUUCACACACUCACUUUCUCCCCUACCCCCUAGCAAUUCGGAAAAUGUUUUCCGAAUUUUUUAUAGUGUAAAUUUUACACUAGAAAAACAGUUCGGAACAUAUUUUCCGAAUUUUUUUGCGCGCUAGGGGAGUAGGCGAGAAAGUGAGUGGGUGGGAUGAGAAAAUUUCAUGCAAUAGCCUUAUUGUAACCAUGAUUAUGGAUCUGCUCUACAUUCCAACCUAUGCGAAAAACCACACUUAUUCACACCUA